GCCCUUCCGGAAAUCGGCUUUUUCACCUCCAAUUCUCUCGCAUCGCAACCGCGAGACCGGACCUGCCACCGACCGAACUGCCGCGGCCCAACAAGCCCAACCUGACACCGUCCCGUGCCAUCUCGGAAACCGGGAACCCACUCACUCGGGCGCGUGCGCGCACACCGUUUGUUUCUCUCCCCACCCACGGGGGGCGCCGGUUCGGCCAUGGAGAGCCCCGAGUUUGCCGCUGGCAUGCGGGGCCAAGGUCUCAAUGGCAGCGGUCCUUCUAAGCGCAAACGGAGCACCAUCGAUAGCAGCCCGGCCAGUCUGCUCGACCUCGACCAUGACCACGAUCAUGACCACGACCUCGACCACGACGAGAGGGCCGACGCCUCGCCAGACACCAAGAGCCGCCGCCUUCCCGGUGUGAAGCGUGCGUGCAAUGAGUGUCGCCAGCAAAAGCUUCGCUGCGAUGUCGUCCAGGAUCCGUUUCAGAGCUGCUCGCGGUGCAACCGGCUCAAGCUCGAGUGCAAGAUCGAGUCCAAUUUUAAGCGCAUCGGCAAGCGUUCCAAGCAUGCCGAGAUGGAGAAGGAAAUCGAGAGGCUGCGCCGUGCUGUCGAGUCGGCCAGGAACCAAGGUUUCGCCCUCGACGAGGAUGACGAGGUCCUCCAUUCCGGGGUUCAUUCCGCCAUGCAGUCACAGCUCCAGUCACCCGUUGUCGCGAGCCAGUACACGCACACCCGCAACCCCUCAUUAAUGGGAUCGGAUGAAGCCGUCUCAUCUCUGCUUCAUCUGAAGCGCGGCGGAUCCUACGCACUUCCUCGCAUCGCCCGCGAGCUGGGCAACUUCAGGCUCACCGAGGACGAGGAGAGCCAGCUGUUCAGUCAAUUCUUCAACUACUACCACCCAUUCCUCCCGUUUCUCAACCCCGCCCAGACACCAGACCAGUACUAUCAACAACAUCCUCUAUUAUACUGGGCCAUCAUCGCCGUCGCGAGCAGGCGCUACGGGUCCGACCCUAACCUUCUCACCAAGCUCUCGACCCCGCUGACAAAGCUGCUCUGGAACACGGUUGGAGAUGUCCCGCAGAGCUAUUUCGUCGUCAAAGCCCUCUGUCUACUUUGUACCUGGCCCCUCCCCACGAGCACAACGUCGGCCGACCCCACGCAUAUUCUCUGUGGCGUCAUGAUGAAAACGGCUACCGGCAUUGGCUUGCACCGGCCAAGCCACAUCAACGACUUCUCGCGAGUCGCGGUGGAACUGAACAAGGAGGGGCUGCACGACCGUAUCAAGACGUGGGCGGUAUGCAAUACCGUCGCCCAGACUAUCGGGACAGGAUAUGGCCAGCCAGCGUCGAGCCUCUACGACUGGACACUCGCCAUUCGACCGGGCGUCGAGGGGCCGUACUCGCUCGGGCCAGAGCUGGAGGCGAGGUUGCUGAUCGAGCGGUUCUGCGACAAGGUCUCCAAAGAAAUGUACAGCAACGCCAGCGAUCCCCGAGGCGUUGCCGGUGACGAACACCGUGCCAUGCUGAUGAGGGUGUACCGGCGCGAGUUCAACGAGCUGCAGGCUUCUAUCCUCGCACAAAACCUGUCGCCGAUCGUCUACCUCCACCUCAAGGCAGCCUGCCUUCAUCUGCGGCUUGCCGGCUUCUUUGACUCGAGCCGUACCCCGGGGUACCUUGACGAUCUGAUGGCGUUGUGGCGUGCCAUCACCGGAUUUCUCGACUACAUUCUAGACGGCCCAGGGCCUGAUGCCUGCCACGAGUCAUAUCGUUACCAGCUACUCGACCAGUAUCUUCUAAAAUAUGCCACAAACUACGUACAGCAGAUGCUGGUCGCCGCCGGGUUUGCUCUGCUCAAACUCAUGCGGUCUUUCUUCGUCAAGCAAGUCGAUUUUGAGCGAGGCCGGACGCUCUUCCACAGGACGAUCCAGGCCAUCAGGGCUGCCAGCGUGGUGCAGAACGACCUCAACUGGAGGCUCGCAGAGCUGAUGGUCCAGAUCUGGAACGGGGCCCGGAUCGAAGGAAGCUCGCCCUCGUUCCAAGGUGACGAUCCGGAGAUUGACGACAGUCUCCAGCUCAAGGUCAGGUGCAGGCACAGCAUGAGUCUCGUGUUCGACUCGAUCUGGCAUUGGAGGGAGGAGUACCAAGCCAGAGGUCGAGGAACGCUCGAUGCUCUCAAGCAACCCACGAAUCCCGAUUCGGCUAAUGAGUCUUCAGCCUCCUCCACCCAUCUGGACAGCACCCUCGCCCCGCCAUCCCACAGCCUCCCGGCCAACCUCGGUUUGGCGGCAUCCAACGGGGCUCUGACGCCUAGUGGGGGCUCGGCGAUGGGAGGAGGCACGCAAGGCUCGCUCUUGGGACUGAACACCUUCGACAGCAACUACGAUCUAUGGGAUCCUCAGCACUGGAUGCUGGACGGCCUGAUCGACUUCAACUACAACAACUUUGGUGUCCCGAUCGAGAGCGCCUAGGGUGUGGUGCGUCCGAUGCUAACCCGGACCGACCAGUACCAAUCCUCGUUUCGGGCGCCGUGUUUCUCCACUAAACACGGGCCGGCAUCACUUUUUCGGUAGUAUGUUUACAUUUUCUGAUGAAAUACCCCUUUUCUUUUCCAGCGCAUCUUUUUGUCACGGGGUUUACGGGGUUUACGGUUCUGGGUUGCGGCGCGGUCUGGUCUGGUCUGGUCUGGUCUAGGCUGGACAACGGAAAAUCGCACACACACACACUCACACAACGAGAGAGAGGCAAACCGAGUCUGGCUCUUCCGGCAUGCGUGGUGGGCGAAUUGCCUCCCUCGCCAUGCAUGUCUUAACUAUAUAAGCCGUGUGACAGUUUCAAAUAGCAAGCAUUCCAUCAAUCGGAACA